AUGCUGAGUGCUGUUCAGUUUGUGGACAAGGAACUUGCCAAUCGAUCGUUGGUAGAGGAGAAGAAAGCCAAGAAGAAGGAGAAGAAAAAGGAAAAGAAGGCAAAGGAGCUGAAUGUCUACUGGAAGGAUGGAGGGGACGGCGUCCCAGACAAGCCCGCCAGAGAGCCGUCCAAAUCUGGCAUCAUCCCCACGGCCAAAGCAGGCGACGGCGGCGCCAGCUGGCGGCUCAAGGCGCUGAAACGCGCACAGACGGCCGCGGCCGAGGAGGGCCGCUCGGUGAACGAGAUCGUCUCCGAGCGCUUCAGCUCUCUCAAGGACCUCACCGCCAGCCUCACCGAGCAGCGCGCAGCGCCCUGGAGGGAACCCCACAGCAGAAACGUGGAGGACCGCCAGAACAGGCAACGGGAGGCCAGCAGCGGUGGUGGCCGCGGUCCCCGCGGCGGAGGCAGAGGUAGGCGGGGGGACCCUCUCGGCCGGCCGGCAGACGCUGCCGUGCUGCGCGGCGCGGCUGCGGCUCUCAAUGAGUUCUCCAACGACGGCAGCUUCCUUGAUAGCUUCAAGGGGGCCGCUGAUUCCGCAAAAUCUGGGGAUCCGGCAGAGCCGAGCGGAGGAGGGAACUUUGGCGCGGCGGCCGCGCUGCGCGCGCGGCUGCUGGGCCGGGGGCCCCCCGCUGCGGCGGCGGGUGAUCCCACUGGGGGGACGGCCAAGCGGGAGGUGGUAAUCCUCCCCCAGGUGGACGCGGGCGGCAGAGCCGUCCCCGGAGCCUUCGGUCGCGAUUGCGCCGGCGAAGGUGCGCUCUCUGCCCGCCUUGUUGACGGUUGCCCCUUUCUGCCGAAGCGGCUGCAGCGCUACGACGCGCCCGGGGAGAAAUCGCGCUAUUUUGCGGACGAUGACGCGGCCGAUUUAGGGACCCUUGUCAAGCGACAGCGCUACGAGGGGGCCGAGGACAUCGACGCCAACCUGGCCGACAACAUCGCGCGCAAAGCCCGCUACAAAGGAAAUGAGCUUGAUGUGGAUGAGGAGUACGACCACGAUGGCGGCCUUGCGAUGUACGAGUCGCGCAAUAAAAAGGGAACGCGCGAAAAGCAGGCCCAGCGCCAGAAGGCCGCCCAGAUCGCAGACUACAGGUGCGCAUGCCUGAGCGAAUUCAGUUGCACUUACGCCUUUGUGAACAAGCGGCGGUUGCGCCACUUGACCGUCGCCAUUGGCCAGACCGCCUACCUCAUGCUGCCGCCCAAGGGGCGGCUGGUGCCGGGCCACUGCCUGAUAGCGCCGCUCGAUCAUGUGGCCAGCACUCGCCAGGCGGACGAGCACGUCUGGACCGAGAUCCGCAACUUCAAAAAGUGCCUGCUGCAAAUGUUCAUGGCCCAGGGCAAGGACGUGAUAUUCAUGGAGACUGCCAAGCGGCUAGGAGAUGCGCGCAGCCAUGGCUUUGUGGAGUGUAUACCUGUGCCUCCAAAGGUGGCGGCCAAGGCGCCGCUGUACUUCAAGAAGGGCAUCGACGACGCGGAGAGCGAGUGGGCGCAGCACCACGCCAAGCGCUGGAUUGACACCUCAGCCAAGGGGUUGCGUGGCUGCAUCCCACCGAACUUCCCCUACUUUGCGGUGGAGAUGGGACUGGCGAGCGGCCACGUGCAUGUGAUAGACGACGAGUCAUCCUUCCCCGACAGCUUUGGCCGCGGCGUGCUGAUCGGGCUGCUGCAGCUGCCGGCGGAAGACAUGCACCGCAGCGCCAAGCAGGAGAGCGUCGCCGUGCAGGAGCAGUGGGUGGCAGAGUUUGGAGAUCUGUGGGACCCCUACGAUUGGACCAAGCAGCUUGAGUAA